GUAAUAUUUAUAUAUUUUAAAAUACAACGAAUUUCCCCCCUUGCGGCCUUUGCUCUUUCUUCCUCCUCUUCUUCCAUGGACGCUCCUCCGCCUCCUCCGCCCUCAAAAUCACCAGAACCCACUCUAUCCAAUUCUUCCAUCACCACGGACUGUAUCAACAAUGACGCCCAUGACAUCUUCCCUGAAGAUUCUUCUUCCCAAUUUCCAAGUCCUUCGGUCCAAAAUUCUUCUCCUUCCGCGGGAUCCAUGGAGGAAACCCCAAUAAAGGUGGCCAAUAAGCAGAAGAAAAAGACGAAGAAAAGGGCUCAGAAUCCGAAGGAAAACGCCGUAGCUCAACCAUCUUCUUCCUCUUCUUCUUCUCCGCCUCAGAGAGUAACGCGCGUAGCCAGUACUCGCCGAAACCCUCGGGUCGUGUUCAGGACGGCGCGUCGAAAUUCCGUUGCUGAUGCGGUUGCUUUUCGUUUUGGAAUGUCAAUGGCAGCUUUUGUCUCUCAGAUUCUUGAAAGGAAAGAUACAGGAGUUGAAAGGAUGUCCUCUGAUCAUCUUGCACUGAUCUGUGCUUCUGCUGUCCGAGAAUCUUUAGCCAAUGAUUUCGGGGAUACAUUUGAUUGUUUUGUAAGGAACUUUGAGAAAUCAUUCAGCAGUACACUUAGGACUCUUAAUUUAAUCAAGGAAUCUUCUGUAAAUAAGGGAGAUGACCACACAAAUGUGGAAGCUUCUCCUCCAGAUGUGCCUCAUUAUGUACGCGGAGGAGAUAGUGCAAGCAGUCUUAGUAUAGAAGGUUGUUCAACAGAAGAGCUCUUCCGUAGUAUUGAGCAUCAAUUAAAUAACGGAAACAACCACGAAAAUCACAUAAAAGCGAAAAUUUCUCCUCCAGAUGUGGAAGGUUGUGUACAUGGAAGUGGUAGUACAAGUUGUCUCGACAUAGAAGGCCAUCUAACAGAAGAACAUUUCCGAACUACUUUGACCGAAGGUUAUUUAAAUAAUAGUGCAGCAAUGAAACAUAAUACGGUAACUGAUCCCAUGAAUCUGGAGCUUGUAUUGCAUGGGCAAAGAGACCAGCUUAGUUGUGUGUCUUCUAGGCCAUAUGGAUCUGUGAGCAACCAGUCCAUGCUUAGCACAUUUGAUAAGUCUGUCAUGGAGCAAACACGUUCUAAUGAUCUUAAAACAUUGGAGCUUAGUCUUUCAAUGAGGAAAUUGAAGUUGAAAGAGACGCAGCUUGCUCUCAAUUUUGAUUCCAAUAAUUUGGAAAGAACAAAAUUAGCUAUGGGUGUAUCAAAGGCAUCUUUUAAAGUUGGAAAGUUCAAGACUCAACUAGAAGACGUGAGACAUGCAGAACUCCUCAGAAAAUGCAUCGACCUUCUAGUUGCUGGCUUGAUGAUCAUGGUGAUAUCUCUCUUUUAUGCAACAUAUGUUUAUUCAUACCAAAAAAUUACUGAAGCCACUGCAUCAUGCAAACCUUCAGAAACGGCUUCGAGGUCUUGGUGGAUUCCAAAUCCAAUGUCUUCAAUCAAUUCGGGGAUGCACGUACUCAGUUGUCAGUUUCAAGCUGUUUUCAGAAUGCUGUUUGGAAUCUUAAUGAUUAUUUGCAUUGCAUAUUUACUCUUGCAGCGGUCAGGGUCUUCGAAACAGACAAUGCCCGUCACUUUCAUGGUCAUUCUUUUAGCAUUUGUCUGUGGUUUUGUCGGCAAGGUUUGCGUAGAUUCACUGGGAGGAAGUGGAUACCAUUGGAUUCUAUUUUGGGAGAUCAUCUGUCUGGUUCAUUUCUUCUGCAAUGUCUGCACACCUACUUUGUUCUUUUUACUAUAUGGACCUGUUAAUGCCUCACAAGAAAUGAAAGACAAAAUAAGGCUUCCAUAUUGGAUCCGUAGAGUCGUAUUUUGGGCGACUUUGCUUCUGAUUCUACCAUUGCUCUGUGGUCUUAUCCCUUUCGCAGGCCCAAGAGAAUGGAAAGAUCAUAUUCUGUUGCGAAUCAACAAUUAUCUGUGGGGUACUGAGGAUUGAAGAGAUUCAACAUAUUUAUCAUUAUAAAAUUUGUUAUUUGUCUCUUUUUAGUGUAUGCUUGUACUAUAAAUUUCCAGUUGUGUUAAGCCUUGUAUCAAAACUAAAAUAACGCAGCAGCAUACUUGUGUCUCUUAUGGUGGACUAGUCUAAUUUAUAAUAGGAAUAUGAUGUAUAUCAAUUUUUGUGUACUUUCUUUUAUCAAGCUAUUGUAAUUUAAAUAUGAUGUAUAUUAACUAUCACAUUUAAAUGUAUAUGCUUUUCGUUUGGAUAAAGCUAUAAUAGAUUUAGAGUUGGUUGGUUU